UUUCACUCAUCGAAUGAAUUUGUGGUGGUGGCGUUGGUGCUCGAGGAAUAUCACCCAAUUCAGUACUUUAAGUUUUCAAACUCUCUUCUUUCCUUUCCCUCGUAAAAGAACUUCUUGCCAUUCCAUUGCAAUGAAUUGUCCUGUGUCCAAUCAACGUGUUCGUGUAUUAAAUAAUAAACCUGUUCAAGAGAGCAGAGAGUUUGUAUUGUAUUGGAUGCAAGCAGCUGUUCGUUUAACCUACAACUACGCCUUACAAUAUGCAGUAUUUAGUGCGAAUCAGUUGGGAAAACCUUUGUUGAUAUGUUUUGGUCUGACAGAAUCUUUUCCUGAAGCAAACGCUCGUCACUAUGCAUUCUUAUUGGAAGGCUUGCAAGACGUACAACGACAAUUGGCGGAAAGAAAGUUGUCAAUGGUAGUGUUUCAUUCAGAGCCCGAACAAAUGGUUGAAAAGUUAUUCCAUAAAGCGGUACAAGUAGUAGUGGACAUGAACUAUCUUCGAGUAACCAAGAAUUGGCGCCAACGCGUUGCAAGUAAUAUCGACUGCAGUUUUAUUCAAGUGGAAACUGAGUGUGUCGUUCCAGUGGAAUUGGUUACUGACAAAGAAGAGUAUGCUGCUAGGACAAUUCGACCUAAACUAUGGAAACAUGCCAACAAGUUUCUUAUUCCUUGGGCAGACACUAUUCAUGUUGAGAACCAGUUGGUGGAUAUUCCUCAGAUAGAUGAGUUGACUGUUUUGGAUUUGCAAGGAGAAGCCAAAGAACUAGUUGAACGAUUGAAUGUAGAUAAGACUGUGCCACCCGUAUCCCAUUUUGUCGGAGGGGAAACGGAAGCCAAAAGAAGACUUGCAGAGUUUUGUCGAUCCAAGUUACGAGAUUACGAGAAGAAAAGGAACGAUCCUAGUUUGAAUUGUGGUAAGGUAGUAUUUCUUGUAUUUGUUUGUUGGAGAGCAAAGUAUCUUUGUCUAGUGAGUCAUAUGUCUCCUUAUUUGCAUUUUGGUCAUAUUUCUCCUGUUGAAAUUGUAUGUCAAGUACAACAAGCUCAAGCAUCAAAAACUUGCAAAGAUGCCUUUAUAGAAGAAGUAUUUAUUCGAAGAGAACUUAGUUUCAAUUUCUGUUACUACUGUGACAAGUAUGAUGCCUUUGACUGUUUGCCUACUUGGGCCAAACAGACCAUGAGUGAACACUCCAAAGACCCGAGACAGUUUUCUUAUACUUUGGAGCAGUUGGAAACAGCAGUUACUCACGACCCCUAUUGGAAUGCAGCACAACUUGAAAUGGUGCAAACAGGAAAGAUGCACAAUUAUAUGCGUAUGUACUGGGGAAAGAAGGUCAUUGAGUGGACAACAAAUCCUGAAGAGGCAUUUCGAAUAUUGCUUUAUUUGAAUAAUAAAUACGAGUUGGAUGGAAGAGACCCCAACAGCUUUACAGGAGUUGCUUGGUGUUUUGGAAAACAUGAUAGAGCUCAUAUGGAGCGUCCUAUUACUGGCAAGUUGAGAUAUAUGUCUGCAGAAGGAUUGAGAAGAAAAUUCAAUAUCGAGUCAUAUGUAAGACAAUAUCUAACAUCCAACCAACAGAACAAGAUACUUUCAGUUUUCUACGGUAAUAAUAAUAAUAAUAAUCCACAUAAAAGAAAGAGAACUACGAAAUAGGGAAAUUUUUCAUAAAAGUCUUCAAAGAUAU